UCUGGUUUGCCGUCCUUGCGGCCAUGGCGGCCGUCGCCCGCCCCGCGUGUCGGGGCCUGUGGCCAGGCACCAGGACUCUCCGUGCGUUUUCCACCGAGGUGUCUCCAGCCACUCGCGCUCCUAGACCCAGACUUCGUACAACAGAAAGAACUUCAAAGCAAGAAAGGCCCCAGAGAAGAAAGGCACUACCUCCUAGGACAGAGAAAAUGUCUGUUGACCAGGACUGGCCCAGCGUUUACCCUGUUGCAGCACCCUUUAAACCCUCGGCUGUACCUCUUCCUGUCCGAAUGGGUUAUCCAGUGAAAAGAGGGGUGCCCAUGCCAAAGGAGGGAAAUCUAGAACUUUUAAAGAUCCCCAAUUUUCUGCAUUUGACUCCAGUUGCAAUUAAAAAGCACUGUGAAGCUCUUAAAGAUUUCUGCACUGCAUGGCCAACUGCACUAGACAGCAAUGAGAAAUGUGAGAAGCAUUUUCCAAUUGAAAUAGACACAGCUGAUUAUGUUUCAUCCGGACCAUCUAUUCGAAACCCCAAAGCACGAGUAGUCACCUUACGGGCGGCAUGGUCUCCAAGUCCUAGAGUAGACCGCUCGAGUCCCUGUGUAUCCAGGUGCCCUUUAAGGAGACAGAAUUAUGAUUAUGCAAUGUAUUUAUUGACAGUUUUAUACCAUGAGUCUUGGAAAGUGGAAGAAUGGGAGAAAAAUAAGACUGAAGCUGACAUGGAAGAAUAUACAUGGGACAAUAGCUCCUCAGAAAAAAAUGUCCUGGAAACUCUUCUUCAAAUUAGAGCUGCUGAGAAACAUCAGGAAGUAGGUAAAGAAGAGCUCCUGGGCACUAAAGAAGUUGAGGAUUACAAGAAGUCUGUUAUUAGUCUGAAGAAUGAGGGAGAAAAUGAAAAGACCCUUUCUCAGUACAAAGAAUCGGUGAAGAGGCUAUUUAAUUUGACAUGAAUUAUGUAAAAAACUUUCCUUUAUUAGUUUUAUGAUACAUAUGUUCUCCUCUAAUAUGAUAUAAAAUUGAAAAUGUUAUUAAAAAGCCAUUGUUUUACAUCAGAGUUAAAAUUAUUCUUUUUAUAGUAAUGUGCAAAGGCAAUGAUGAUUCAAAUUUUUUCUUGUGUACUGGGGCAGUGGACUUAUUUAGAAGAUCUCUGAUUUCUCCUGAUUCUAAAGUGUUGAUUUUUGCUUCUACUGUAAAUAACUUCAGAUUCAGACUUGUACAUAUACUGUCUUGCCACCUAUUACAUUUCCUUUUUUACUCAUUAGCUUUUGAUUGCCUUUGAGUGAUGACUUUGGUUGCUUGGGAAGUGAGACCCAGUACCAAGUUGCUCUAUUUACAUAAUUGGAAGUGGGUCUUUUCAUGGUGUAUUAAUAGUAGGUGCAAAUGCAAACAGAGGGAUAGCUUUGUGUAAUAAAGAAGUUGGUCCUGGGCCUUUCUGGUGGUACAGGGGUUAAAAUCUCUGCUAUCAAGCUGACCCACAUGGUGCAGCAGACC